AUGGUUUCAAUUCCAGAAUCUAUCGGAAGUGAACCAAGCCCACCUCAAAACCAAAAUGAAUCGAACAGAAGUCCAAACGUUGUUCGAACGCAGCCGCUUACAGCACGCCAGGAACGAAAACUUGUUGAAUACAUAGAGGACUUGUUUCUCGAAGUCAUGCGGAACUACAAGAAGCGGAGUCAUCCAUCUUCAACGCUUCCGACUCUUCAAUCUUAUCUUCAUGCAACGCACCCACUUCUUUCUCUCAUCCUCCAAAUUCCACCCUCCAAACAGCAACAAUCUGCUCUGCGUACCGCUCUCUUGCUUCGCUUCACAAGCGAAUGUCUCUGCGCCAUACCAAACUAUCCACCACCGACAUUAUCACCAAUAUCUUCUUCAUCCAGUGACCAGUCUGGCGUGCAAACAUUACGGCAACUGUUGACCUGGUUGGACGAGCUGGAUAAAGGGUGGUACACCGUUUUAUGCGCCCAAGCUUGGGACGCAACUGCACAGGAAGGUGUUGACGUUGAACUUGACGUCGAUGGCUCUUCCUCACCCACCAACACUCAGAAUUCAGAUUUGAACAGUGCGGGCUUGCAGUCGGAAACACAGAUGGAGGACUAUUCGCCAACGUCUCUUGGUCCUAGAGAUUCCGUUAGCCAGACUGAUCGCACUCGGCUCCGGAGUCUUCUUCUCGCAGGGAUAGCUGCUCUUGAAGAAUGGCUCGAUAAUACUCAACCGCCUUCUACCGCGAUUGCUACCAACGACCAUAUCUUCGACGAAGCGGACUCAAAUAGGCCUGAUUUGGAAGAGACGCUUGAGCAUCUUGGCCUUCAACAAUCUUUUGAUGAUUUAUUUUCGCGUACACUCAGUGCAAUGGGAGAGCUGGGUGGCGAGGUUCUCAGCGUUGGAGAGGAGCUUGAGAUGGAAUGAGUGUCCCGGUCUUAACGAAGAAACGAUCUAUGUCGCUUUGAUGCACUCUAUGGCGGUGUCUUUCGCGGCGAAAAUACGAUGUUCGCAAUAUAGCUACUGGUUCGGAAGAUGGCCACAUCACAUUUGCUCGUCAUAGAGGAGCAUA